GAGUUGCCCAAAUGUGUGAAUGAUUCUUUCAUUUCCUUUAAAGUGCUGAAAUGCGUCUAAUAGUGCAGAACUGGAGCAGUCCCAAUUGCGACCAUAUUCUCCACUUGGUUAACUGUACCAAGACAGUGGUGCAUUCUCGACUAUAGAUUGAAAAACAAGUGGAGGAUGUUGCAGACCGCUCCACCCCUCCCACACAGCCUGUGUCGAGACCCAGCGCCUCUCCGCUCCAUCUGAGUGAUGAGAGACCGUUCAGUCGUUCUCCUCUGAACACACCCAACCCUCAGACGGGACACACCUGGGGAGAGAGGUCAUAUGAAAGCGAGAAUUCAUUCGACACGGCACAUUUCAGCAGUGAACAGUGAUAUUUCCGCGGGCUGCGUGGAAGAAAAUUCUGGGAUGACUUGUGCGAGGAGGAAACAGUGACGGACGACGUAAAUAUUUACAUGCCCUUGUUCACAGCAGUACUGCUCGCCGUCGACUAAACUCGCACAGAGACCUACAUCGUGUGCGUAUGAGAGAAUGCGGAGGAACUGCGAAAUAAAAACAGAGACAGAAAACGAAUCAUCCUUGCGUAAGAUCAUGCUAUAAUUCUGUUGAAGCGGACUGUGUGAGUUUCUGGAGGUUUGCGGGACUGCUCUUCUUUAAUCUGCGGUCAUGCCGCAGGCAUCUUCAGAUCUGUUCCCUACCUGAGGGAAUCGAGGAUUACUUGAGUUUUUAACAGAAGAGAUAAAUUAUUAAGCUUUGACCUAAUUGGACUCAAUUACGAGUACUCUGGCAUGAAACGCUCAGUAUUUUAGAUGUUUUGUCAUCUUAUAAAAUUUCAAAAAAAAUUGCGCGUGAUUUCUAAAGAGUAAACAAUUGACGUUGCAGGAGUCAGCUGUGAAUUAUGUAAAAGUUGGACGUUAUGCGUAGUAAACUACAGCACCAAACCUUUAACGCAGUUUUGACGGGAAACUGGAUGGGAAGUGUGCGAAUUAUUCAAUGACUUUCAGUGAGGUCAACUUUUUAAGUAAUUUUCGGGGAGCAAUCGGUUCGUCGCGCGCAAAUGGUCUUUUGGCGCCUCUACAUUUUAAACAAAAGACAUUUUAAACAAAACAAAAGUAUUUUGUGUUAUAUUUGUGAUGUGUAAAUCUAUGAUAAUUUGAUAAAUAAGUGUUUUUGAGGCACCGCCCGAUACAAACAUCGAUCGAGCAGCUGUUGCUAUGGUUACAUACGCAGUGGCGAUUCUGUUAGCGAGACUGUACAUUUAACUUUUUUGCUUACGGAAACGUUUGAAUGCUGUUGAAACGUAUAAAUGCUGCUAUGUAAAAAGAGUACAAUUUUUUUUUAAGACCACCAACUUUCCUUUGUUGGGGGUUCAUGCCUUAAUUUGGGGGUCGUAGGCCUACAUCCCCCCCAAACCACCCCUAUAAUUUGCACCGUGUGAAUGAACACUUUGUGAAAAGAUUUUACUGAAAUGCUAUUCGAUGCUAGUUUUUUAUCAUUUUAUUAUCAUAAAUUCUUAUUGAUCUUAAUGUAAGUAUUUUUUCUUUGUCAGGUGAGAGAUGACAGGUGUGAGGUGAGCAGAAGGACUUUUAAAACACUGUUCUCCAAUAAACUUUAUAAGGCUUAUUUCUUAUCUUCAUUUGUUUCUUACAAAAUCUCAUGUAUAAUGUAAAGGACUUUAAAUAGUUUCAUGUGAAUGCAUUUUGAAAGUAUGCCCAGUCUGGAGGCCCAUUUCCAGGUUGACACUUUAUAACCAAACAUGGGAGCGAAGCAAACAAAGGCUGCAGGACAGGAGGCAGGAGCAAGUCCUCAGAGCACAGGAUGGAAACGGACCCCUACGAAAGAGCGAGGCGACAUCCUUACCUCUUUAAUGUUGAGGUCAGGAGACAAACUGAGGAGCAGCGGGACUCCUCCUCCCUACCAGCGGCGCAUCGGGAUGAUACAAGAGAUGAUGCUGAUGGCAAAGCAGGGGAAACACGAUGAAGCGACAGAGAUGCUGAAGACUCUCCGGCAGGAUCUGGGAAUGGAGUCAACCUCUCUGGACGAUGUUCUCUACCGCUAUGCCAGUUUCCGCAACCUGGUGGAUCCCAUUACCCAUGACCUCAUUAUUAGCCUGGCCAAAUACAUUCACUGCCCAAAGGAGGGAGAUGCUUUGGGUGCCAUGGAGAAGGUGUGCCGUCAGCUGACAUACCACCUGAGCCCACACUCCCAGUGGAGACGGCAGGGGCUGCUGAAGAGGAAGCCACAGUCCUGUCUGAAAUCAGUUCUUUCAAACCCUCCAUCCAGUGGGUCAUUAGACCUGUCUGGCAUCCCUCUUGGAGUGAAAGACAUGGAGCGUCUCUGUGCCUAUCUUCAUCACCAGGCAUCCCGCAUCGGCAGCAUAGAGCUGGGCUUCACCGAGCUCACAGACGAUGCCUUCCUCCUGCUCCUCCCCACGCUGGCGUCCCUUCCCCGCCUCGAGACUCUGGCCCUCAAUGGCAACAGGCUGACCCGUGCCGUGCUCAAAGAGCUCACGGACACGCUGAAGGACCCGGACAGCUUCCCCAGCGUCACCUGGAUCGACCUGGGGAACAACGUGGACAUCUUCUCCCUCCCACAACCGUUUUUGGUGAGCCUGCGCAAACGCUGCCCCAAACAGGGCAACCUGCCCACCAUCCUGGAGUUCGGCGAGAGCCAGGCCAGCGAGCCGGAGGGCCGAGUGGAUGAGGACGACGCAGAUGACACAAACAGGACAGAGAGCAUGGGAGAGCUCAGAUCUGAGGUAGAAGAAGAGAUUGACGGUGAGAUGGAGAUCGAGGACAUGAUGGAGGAGUUGCUGGACUUUGACAGGCAGGUGCAGGGCAAGGAUGAGGAUGACAGUAUGUGGACCUUGGAGGAGCAGCGGUUGGUAAAAGAUCCAGUUGCAAAACGGAGCAAAGAGAAGAAGCCGUUCAAAGCUGAGGGUGAAGAGGACUUACAAAGCCAAUCUUCCCAUCUGUCUUGCUCCAGUCAGUCACAGCACUCCUCUGGAGCCAUUGAGCCUUUAAGAGAAGACUCUGUCCCAGACCAGUUAGCAUGUAAUUCAGGCAACCCUACCUGAUUAAAGCCACUGUCUAAUUUGAGUCUAUAACCUUAGUCCCUUUAAGAAAAAGAGAGAGCUAGGAAGUGUGUGACAGGCUUGUUUUCAGACCGAGUUGUCCACGAAGUCUUGGGAUUUAGCAGGUUUUAUAGGUUUGACAAUCACAGCGGUUGUCUGUUGUUGCAAAGGAGAAAUGAAUCACUUGUGAGGUACAGAUAUGUCAAAUAUACUUUCCAUUCAGGUUUUCCCCUUCACUGUCAUAACCAUGAACCUCUGUGCCUAUGUGCCUGUUCAGAACCCUGCUGGAGAGGCGUGUGUGUGUGUGCAGGUGCACAUUUAGAUGUGAUCAAUCUUAUCAUGCUGGAUAUAAGCAGAUUGGCUUGGGCAUCAUGGAUCAAUGUGUCCAUCUAUGCAUCUGACUGUUGCAAGCAUCACAUUUUCUCCAGCAGUGGGAAAACAACCUAAAUUCUAUUCAGUAUCAUCCAGUGAAUAUGCAUGUCCCGGGUGUCAGGUGGAUGGGACGCAGAUAUUAAGCUCAUAUUAAGUGCCCCUAAUUUAUACAGUGGAAAACCAAAAUCUCUUGUCACAGUGUUGGCCCAAAACAAUACAGAGCAGCGGGAGUGAAGCCAAAGAGAAAAGACUCACUAUAUGGAACAAAGUGUUGUUUGGCUACACAAUAGUAUAUAAUACUGAUUUUCUGUUUUUGUUGCUUGACAUGAAUUUUGAAGACAAUGUGUGGUUUCUUAGCUCUGCUCUUUAGAAGUGAACCUUUAACCACUAAAAAUGAUAUUGUUUCAUUUGUAUUUAUCCACUGAUUUUAAAAGAAUAAAGGGAUUUUAAUAGUAUAAACAUCUAUUUAGUGCCUAAUUGGAAUUUUACAUUAUUCAAAUGUAACUCAAAGUAGUUCUGAUAUGCCAGUAAAUAAAAGUAUUGUUUCAAUGACAGUGUAUAUUGAUUUGUCAUAAUGGAAAAAAGUUGUUUUAUUUCCUUAUGUAAAAUUCCCAAUUUGAGAAUUAGGAUUUAUAUUAUAUCCAUUUAUACUGUAGUACUUUGUAUAAUAUCGUAAUAUGCUUACAUGCAAAAUCUUGCUCAGUGUUUGUUUUUUUUGUUUUUUUAAAACAUAUAAUUAAGAUCCCUCCCCAAAAGAUGGUUUAUAACAUAAAUUAUUUAGCAUAAUUAAAGGAAGCUCCUGUACUAUUCAGAUUGUUGUCAUUUUAUGGUCACCAGGUAGCCUAAAAUUAUCCUGCUGUGUUUCAAAGCCAUAACAGAAUAUUAUAUAUAUAAGUGCACUGAAGAGCUGUGUUCAAUAUUUUUGUCAAGUAUUUCUGUAUUCCCACAAUGGUUAAUAAAGCAAGGAGAAUGCUAUGAAUGACAAACAGCAAUAGGCCUAUGUGUAUAGCCUAUUAUUUGUAAACAAAACAAAAUGCAUUUGACUGUUGGCAUCAAAACCAAUAAACCUUUAACAAAUAUACACUUAAUUUAUGCGUUAAACAGCACAUAAAAUGUUGGGCUGUUGGAACUGUGGUAAUAACAAUAAAAUUAAGGGUUUCCUUGC